GCGGCCGCCUUCCCCCUCCUACCGCCGCCUUCCCCUUCUUACCGCCGCCUUCCCCCUCCUGCCGCCGCCGCCGCCGGAACGCGCGGCCUCGGGUUACAGGUUCUGAGUCGCGCGCGCCGUGCACUCUGGCUCGGGGUGGGGCAGAGGACUCGCCCCCGACCCUCCCGCGGAGGGCCCCCUCGGCUUUCUUGUGGUCCAGCGGCCCUGGGGCUCCUUCCUAACAGCCCCGGACUGAGUCCCCUCAAGUCGGGGGCCCUCCCCUCUCCUUUAAGGAGGAGUGGACACCUGCCGCCGUAUCUCUCUAAAACGGCGUCUUCUCUGUGCUGUCCCCUCACACCCACACAGACGGCAGAGAGCUGCAAGAUGCCGUUUGCUCUCUUUUCCAACUCCAGAACCUUCUGAUCUCCGCUAGUUCCUACUGGCUUCUGCCCCUUGCUCCGUCCACGCUCACAGGGAGACAUCCCUCAACCCCAUACAGCCUGGGCCUGGCUCCGAGGCUGCGGGCUGCUUCCGGACCACCUCCUCUCUUCACUCCCCCUCCCCGUCUGUCCUCUGACCCUCAGUCCCCUUGUCACCUCUAAGAGCCCCCGCCUAACCAGGAGCCAGGGGGUUCCCCCCUACCAGGAUGUGAGCCUCUUUAACCUGUAAUGCUGUGGCUGGCCUUUGGCCCCUUCCAUGCCAUGGAGAACCAGGUGCUGGUGAUUCGCAUCAAGAUUCCAAAUAGUGGAGCGGUGGACUGGACAGUGCACUCUGGGCCGCAGCUACUCUUCAGGGAUGUGCUGGAUGUGAUAGGCCAGGUUCUGCCUGAAGCAACAACCACAGCAUUUGAAUAUGAAGAUGAAGAUGGUGAUCGAAUUACAGUGAGAAGUGAUGAAGAAAUGAAGGCAAUGCUGUCAUAUUAUUAUUCCACAGUAAUGGAACAGCAAGUAAAUGGACAGUUAAUAGAGCCUCUGCAGAUAUUUCCAAGAGCCUGCAAGCCUCCUGGGGAACGGAACAUACAUGGCCUGAAGGUGAAUACCCGGGCUGGAUCCUCUCAACACAGCAGCCCAGCAGUCUCAGAUUCACUUCCAAGCAAUAGCUUGAAGAAGUCUUCUGCUGAACUGAAAAAAAUAUUAGCCAAUGGCCAGAUGAAUGAACAAGACAUACGGUAUCGAGACACUCUUGGUCAUGGCAACGGAGGCACAGUCUACAAAGCAUAUCAUGUUCCAAGUGGGAAGAUAUUAGCUGUAAAGGUCAUACUACUAGAUAUUACACUGGAACUUCAGAAGCAAAUUAUGUCUGAAUUGGAAAUUCUUUAUAAGUGUGAUUCAUCAUAUAUCAUAGGGUUUUAUGGUGCAUUUUUCGUGGAAAACAGAAUUUCAAUAUGUACGGAAUUCAUGGAUGGGGGAUCUUUGGAUGUAUAUAGAAAAAUUCCAGAGCAUGUCCUUGGAAGAAUUGCAGUGGCGGUCGUUAAAGGCCUUACUUAUUUGUGGAGUUUAAAGAUUUUACAUAGAG